AUGGCCAACAGCAGCUCCAUCACCCACUUCCUCCUCCUGCCAUUCCCAGGCACAAGGCAGCUGCAGCUCCUGCACUUCUGCCUCUUCCUGGCCAUCUACCUGGCUGCCCUGCUGGGCAAUGGCCUCAUCAUCACCACCAUAGCCUGGGACCACCACCUCCACACCCCCAUGUACUUCUUCCUCCUCAACCUUGCCCUCCUUGACCUGUGUGCCAUCUCCACCACUGUGCCAAAAUCCAUGGACAAUUCCCUGAGGGACACCAGGGACAUCUCCUACACAGACUGUGUUCUCCAGUUUUUCUUUUUCAUCUUCCUAAUUUCAGCAGAGUAUUUUCUCCUCACCACCAUGUCCUACGAUCGCUAUGUUGCCAUCUGCAGACCCCUGCACUAUGAGACCCUCCUGGGCAGCAGAGUUUGUCUCCACCUAGCAGCAGCUGUCUGGGCCUGUGGAGUUCUCACUGCUCUGCUGCACACAGCCAAUACAUUUUCCCUGCCCCUCUGCCAGGGCAAUGUUGUGGAGCAGUUCUUCUGUGAAAUCCCCCAGAUCCUCAAGCUCUCCUGCUCCACAUCCUACCUCAGGGAAAUUUGGCUUCUUGUGUUCAGCGUCUGUUUUUUCUUUGUCUGUUUUGUGUUGAUUGUGGUGUCCUAUGUGCAGAUCUUCAGGGCAGUGCUGAGGAUCCCCUCUCAGCACGGACGCCACAAAGCCUUUGUCACCUGCCUCCCUCACCUGGCUGUGGUCUCCCUGUUUCUCAUCACUACCUUCUUUGCUCACUUGAAGCCCUCCUCCAUCUCCUCCCCAUCCCUGGACCUGGGGGUGUCUGUUAUGUACUCAGUGGUGCCUCCAGCAGUAAACCCUCUCAUCUACAGCCUGAGGAACCAGGAGCUCAAGGCUGCCCUCAGCCAUCUGAUCGCUGGAUGCCUUCACAAACAAUAA